AUGAAGACCUGGAAUCACACAAACAUGGCUGACUUCAUCCUGCUGGGACUGACAGAUUCCAAGGAGAUGAGGCUGGUCCUCUCCAUGCUCUUUCUCCUGAUAUACAUGAUUACUGUGCUGGGGAAUGUAGGCAUGAUAUUGCUCAUUCGCUUAGAUGCCCAGCUUCACACUCCAAUGUACUUCUUUCUCAUCCAUCUGUCAUUCCUCGACCUCAGUUACUCAAAUGUCAUCACCCCUAAAACCAUAGAGAAUUUACUCACCUCCUCCAGGAAUAUUUCAUACGUGGGCUGUUUUACUCAGCUGUAUUUUUUUUUUGUUCUGUUUGGUGGUACAGAAUGUUUUCUUCUCUCCUCCAUGGCCUAUGAUCGCUAUGUAGCUAUCUGCAAUCCUCUACACUACUCAUCCAUUAUGUCCACACACCUCUGCUAUGCCCUCCUCACUGGGUCAUAUGUGAUUGGAGCCAUGGAUUCCUCUGUCAAUAUGCUUUGCAUGAGCACAAUGCAAUUCUGCAACUCCAAUGUCAUCCAUCACUUUUUCUGUGACACACCUGCAGUUUUAGCCCUGUCCUGCAAUGACACUCAUGCCAUUGAAAUGUUAAUAAUCAUUGUCUCUGGUUCAACUCUGAUGGUGUCCCUUAUCACAAUAUCUGUAUCCUAUGGGGCCAUUCUGUCUGCCAUCUUGAAAAUCACUUCUGCCUCAGGAAAGCAAAAAGCCUUCUCUACCUGUGCUUCACAUUUCCUGGGAGUCACCAUCUUUUACAGCACUAUGAUCUUUACUUAUUUAAAACCAAAGAAGUCCUACUCCUUGGGAAAGGAUCAAGUUGCUUCUGUUUUUUACACUAUUGUGAUCCCCAUGUUGAAUCCACUCAUCUAUAGUCUGAGAAACAAAGAAGUGAAAAAUGCUGUCAUUAGAGUCUUGCAGAAGAUGGAGAGCUCCAGGUGA